UGCGUGGGAUAAGCCCAAGCCCAUCAAAUGAUUCGUCAUUCUAGGAUAAAAUUCGGACUAUAUCAAAAUGCCGUGGUUGAUUAGUAUACGCUGUGAAGAAGCAAACAGCUGUUUAUCCUUUUCUGGACCGAGGUACGGUACUUGGUGGGGUAGCCUCGUUGUUUAAAUACUCAACAUUUCCACCUCAACAUCAGCCUUGUUCAAGAUAUUUUUAUUCUUGAAUAUUUUACCUCUGAACACAUAUAUCAAAAUGGUCGAUAAACUCGCAGUACAAGACUCUCGAGUCCAAUAUAAGUCGGCUGAUGUAAAUGGUCGAACUUACUCUUAUAUUCUUGCCGAACCUCAAAAUGGAGCUGAACCUGUUGGCACCAUCUUUCUUAUUCAUGGGGUAAGCAUAUAUUUUAUUUCUGGAUCAUAGAGACUUUUAAGAUUCUAUAAAGAGUCAAAUGGAAACGAUGCUUUUCAGAACUUAAAAUAAUACGUCAAAACCAUUUACUGACUUCUCUAGUUCCCUGACCUGGCAUUCGGCUGGAGAUACCAAGUCCCCUUCCUCCAAGGCCUCAACUACCGGGUAGUAGUCCCCAACAUGCAAGGUUAUGCUAGUUCAUCCGCUCCCCAAGAAGUCAGCGCCUACACCUACAAAACCGCCGCAGAUGAUGUCGCCGCCCUGGCCAAAGUUAUCGGAGUCACAUCCAUUAUCCUCGGAGGCCACGAUUGGGGCGGAGCAGUCGUCUACCGCAUUGCUAUUCAUUACCCGAAACUCAUCUCUGCCGUCUUCAGCAUCUGCACUCCUUUCUUUCCUCCCCAAGUAGAAUAUAGAGCUAUGACUGUCCUCCCCAACUUCAAAUACCAAUUGCAAUUCAAAGGACCUGACGUCGAGAGGGAAAUUGUCGGAAAAGAUAAAUUGAGAUUAAUGUUAAAUGCAUUAUACGGCGGACGCACCGCAGACAAUGAACUCGGCUUCUCCGUCGCGGAAGGAGUACUCUUUUCCAAUCUGGAAAAGCUCGGUCACACUCCCCUCUUAUCCAAGGAAGAAUUAGACUUCUACGCGGAUCAAUAUGCCAUUAACGGGAUCCGGGGCCCAUUAAAUUGGUACCGUACAGGCGAGUUAAAUUUCGAAGAUGAAAGGGAAUUAGCGCCAUUGUUUCAUGAGAAGGGACUCAAGGUGGAUAUUCCUACCAUGUUUGUUGCGGGUUCGAAAGAUGCGGCCUUACCUCCUGCUAUGGGUGAUGGGACGGAAAAUUGGUUUACAGAGGGGAAAUUGAAGAAGAGGGAGGUGAAUACUAGUCAUUGGGCUUUGUGGGAGAAGCCGGAGGAGGUUAAUGGGUAUAUUGCCGAGUUUUUGGAGGAGACUUUUGGGGGGAAGAGUCAUCUUUAGGUUUGGGUCUUUAGAUUUAGAUCUUUAGAUACUUGCCUAUCUAUAAGGAUGAUUGAAGAAUAAAUUGAAAAUAUAAAUAUAAAUAUCUUAUCCCGCCCGUUUCAUUGUAU